GAGAUGCUGGAAGGAAUCGCAAACUCUUUAGUUACACAUACAAUAUAUUCUGUACACUAGACUAAAAUACUGUACAGUAUGUCAGACUAGAUUACUAGAGAUAAACCUUAAGAUGAUUAGAUGAGUUAAAGAUUGAAAACAACGCAUUGUGAAAAUGCAUUAAAUGCCUGCCUAUUUUUCAAGGAUCUUUUGAGUGUCUUUAAAACAUCUAGGCACCGAAGACAAAUGUUGUUUAAAUGAAAUUGCUAACAAUACGUCCAACUUCACUUUCCACUGGUAUUAAAGCCUAUAUCACUAGAUGAUAAAUGUACAAUACAGUAUGUCUGACUGUUGUAUUCGACACAUUGUAAAGACGUCUUUUUAAUGCAAUGGAUUUAUUAAGAUGUCAAAAAGCUAUCUUUCUUAGCCUAAUUGGAAAAUGACAGAUUAAUUGAAUCUUAGGAGUGCAUUUAUUGAGGGUGCUAGAAUAAAACGCGCACGUAGCAGAAAAAAAAAACAUAAAGGGAGACCUGGAAGGUGCAGUAAUCGUCUUACAGAAUGACAAAACUGGAGAUGCUGGACUCAGUACUACUACGCGCAGGAGUGAAACAGCUGUGGUUUGCAAAGGUGAGGAUAUGACUGGUCAAAGCCGAAAUCAAACGCGAAGUUGAAUUCACAUCACAGCUGUAGAUGGUUUCAGUGCUUGGAGUUCUCUUGAUUUCUUAACACGUCAGUGUGUUUUCCUACAGAUGUAUUGCCGAGAUACAAUAGACAAGGAUACGGACGUCUUACUGUUAUGUGGCAGAGCUUGAUUAAACUUAAAGGUGAAGAUGUAUUUGCCUGGAUGUAUUUUUGAAACUUCCGAACAUAAGGACUUAUAAAAUAAUAUUAUGGCAAAAAGGACCGAACAGAACAGAAGGUAAAGCAAGACAGAAGUAUUAUUUCGAAACUGAUAAAAUGCGCUGGUGCACGCGAAUGGCCGAAGAAGAUUAUUUUUGCAGAAUACAGUUUUGAAUAAAAGUACAGUAUAAGUAUAAUGACCUCAUAUGGAAGCUCUUUGCUGCGUUGUUUGAAAGGAAAUACUUUUAACUGUGACACGUAAACGAAACAACUUAAUAUGGAAUUGGUCCUCAAACACAAGAAGACACCGUGUUUUGUAUUCAUGCCCAUCUUUGGAAAUACAAAGUUUCUGCAGUUAUGCUGUUUUCAUUUGCCUUGCAAGUAGGUUCUUUGGAAAGUAUACAUUUAUAUUACGCUUUUCAGAGGCAUGUGUAAAGAACUAGUACAGGGUUACUUGGUAUACAAUAUUAUUUCAAUUCUAUGUACAGUAGUAAGACAGUUUCCGAAAUCAGUGACAUACAGACGAAGAAAUGGGCACCCAAAAUAUCUUUAACUUCAUUCGCAUUGUGUUAAAUCCUAAGUGAAAAAGAUGAAAUCAACAGAUUACGACUAUUUUACAUCGAUGUGACAAACUGUUGCAGUACUCGACAGAUAACGCAGCUGUCAGUUUUCUUGAGAAAGUACUCCCAAGUUUUAAUUCAGCCUGUUAUUCUUCCCUGUUGCUGGCCGUUGCACCAUUCAGAAAAUAUGGUGUCCUAAGGUUAUCUUUUAAUAUAUCGAUCCAAUAAAGAUGACUAUUAAAUGGAACGGUAUAUGCUUUAAGAGGAAUCCUUGAUCAGCAACAGAUAAGUUGUGGUGAAGACGAGCCAUCAUUAUUCUACUCCCCGAAAGGGGGAAGACUACGGCAGGUGUCUUAUAAAAGCAGCUACCUAAAGGUACCAACAUGCUAACUUUGGGAUGAGUGUCUACGCGAUGUGUUGAAACUGGACCCCCUGCCUUCUCCUUCUGGCUCCUCUUUUCCCAUCACACUCAGUCCCACUGCCCACAUGCAGGCCAAGAAGAGAUACCUGCUUGUGUCUCUAGGGGCCUGUAUUCUACUCCUUGCAUACCUUGGGGGAUUGCAAAUCGGAGAGUUCCAUCACCAGCACCAUCACCUCUAUAAAGCUUCCCACGGACAGAAUCAGCUACGGCAGCACUGGCCACAAUGGAUUAACCCUUUGAAUACAUACCUAGACAGAGAGGAGCAUGGUGAGGAUGGUCAUCAGCAGCAGGGAAAUCUCUCUCCACGAGAGAGACGGGAGGUUAGGAACAACAUCUAUAAAAGCACCAAGUGCAGGAUGGAGACGUGCUUUGACUUCAGCCUCUGCCAAAGUGGUUUCAAGGUGUAUGUCUAUCCUUUGCAGAAGGGAGAGAAGAUAUCGGAGAGCUACCAAAAGAUUCUGAUGGCCAUUGAGGAAUCCCGGUUUUACACCACAGACCCCCGCCAGGCUUGCCUGUUUGUCCUUAGCAUUGACACCCUCGAUAGGGAUCAGCUCUCAUUUCAAUACGUUCACAGUAUGAAGACCAAAAUCCAGGGCCUUCCAAUGUGGAACAAUGGGAAAAAUCACCUGAUUUUUAACCUCUAUUCCGGAACUUGGCCAGACUACACAGAAGAGUUGGGUUUUGAUAUUGGGCAGGCCAUUUUAGCAAAAGCCAGUAUUGAUGUGGAUAAUUUUAGACCCAACUUUGACAUUUCAAUCCCUUUGUUUUCAAAAGAUCACCCUCAGAAAGGAGGGGGGAAAGGUUAUUUGACAUUCAACAAUGUGCCCCCAUCAAGGAAAUAUUUAUUAGUUUUUAAAGGGAAAAGAUACCUGACUGGUAUUGGUUCAGAAACUAGAAAUGCUUUAUAUCAUAUUCACAAUGGGGAAGAUAUCAUUUUAUUAACUACUUGCAAGCAUGGGAAGGACUGGGAAAAGCAUAAGGAUGUAAGAUGUGACAGAGAUAAUGAAGAAUAUUCAAAGAUUGACUACCAAGAGUUACUGCACAAUUCCAGUUUCUGCUUGGUCCCCAGAGGGCGAAGGCUAGGCUCCUUUCGAUUUUUGGAAGCCCUUCAGGCGGCCUGUAUUCCAGUUUUACUCAGCAAUGGCUGGGAGCUGCCUUUUUCUGAGAUUAUAGACUGGAGCAAAGCAGCCAUCAUUGGAGAUGAGAGACUUUUACUACAGAUUCCAUCAAUAACUAGAUCCGUGGACCAUGACAAAAUAUUGGCACUCAGGCAGCAGACUCAGUUCCUUUGGGAUGCCUAUUUUUCUUCAGUUGCAAAAAUAGUAUUAACUACAUUAGAGAUAAUCCAAGAUCGAAUCUCUUCUCACAUAUCAAGAAAUAAAUUGAUGUGGAAUUCCCUGCCUGGUGGCCUGUACAUUUUACCACAGUUUUCUACAAGUUCAGCAGAGUUUCCAUUUUAUUAUUCAGUGCUGGGUAAAAGUCCAUCCCAAGAGUUCACAGCUGUAAUCCAGGCUGUAACCCCUCUUCAGUCACAGUCACAGCCUAUUGUCAAACUGAUCAUUGCUGUUGCCAAAUCCAAAUACUGCGCUCAGAUAAUAGUGUUGUGGAACUGUGACAAACCUUUACCUCUCAAGAACAAGUGGCCCUCCACCGCAGUGCCUAUCACAGUCAUCGAGGGAGAGAAAAAGACUAUGAGUGGUCGCUUUUUUCCCUAUGAUGUUAUCCUAACAGAUGCAGUCCUUAGUCUGGAUGAGGAUACUGUCUUGUCAACCAAUGAGGUUGAUUUUGCCUUCUUUGUCUGGCACAGCUUCCCAGAUCGAAUAGUGGGUUAUCCAGCCCGUAGUCAUUACUGGGAUGGCAGUAAAGGGCGUUGGGGCUACACUUCCAAAUGGACAAAUGAGUACUCUAUGGUACUCACUGGAGCUGCUUUUUAUCACAGGUACUAUCACUACUUGUACACUUACUACCUACCAGCAAGCCUUCUCAGCAUGGUGGAUCAGAUGGCCAACUGUGAAGACAUCCUAAUGAAUUUCCUGGUGUCAGCAGUCACCAAACUUCCACCAAUAAAAGUGACACAGAAAAAGCAGUAUAAGGAAACAAUGAUGCAGCAGGGCUCCAAGACGUCACGCUGGGCUGAUCCUGACCACUUUGCCCAGCGGCAGGCCUGCAUGAACUCCUUCAGCAGCUGGUUCGGGUUCAUGCCCUUGUUGCACUCACAAAUGAGACUGGAUCCUGUGCUGUUCAAGGACCAGGUGUCCAUCCUGAGAAAGAAGUACAGGGACAUUGAGAAGCUUUAGAAGGAGGGAAUGGAUUUGUUUUAAUGCUGGGAUACAAAUGAAAGAUCAGCCCAUUUUUUAGUAGAGUUUGAAAUGUUGCUUGGUUGCCUCAACUAUCAUGAUCUACUCUUACUUGACCUGUAUAUUAUAGAUUAUUACAAAUAUGCAACAACUGACCAUUUUCUAAUAAUUGUGGUCUGGGUACUGAUUAUCCAGGAAACAUUGUACAAUGUGUGGUACCUGUGAGUUGGAUUCCAAGGAAUUGUGGUAGAUUAAUCAUGAUCAUUAACAUUGAACAGAUUGCUGUGAUUAUCAGCCUCCUUUAAAGAAAAUCCAUUUGGAUAUAACUUGUUACAUCUUGAAGGCAAAAGAAAAGAUCUCGCCACUGAUGCCUUCAAAGCAUCCUUCCAUUUUCUUGCAGAAUUAUGGAGAAAAAACACAGAAGAAUGCAAUGGAAGAGUCGAUAAAACCUGGAAAAGAAGUACUUCAGCAUUGUAUCUGUUGCUUUUAUAUGGUUUCAUUACUGGGGCUUCCAAAUGAGAAAUCCAUUUUUGGCUGCUCUACUUUCCUUUAUGCUUUAUUGCCAAAAACAGUUCCUGAUAAACAUGUUAAGGUGGUGGGUACGUAGUUUUUCUGGCUCAAAACUGUGAUCACUAAUUGUUUCUCUGUGACUGAUGAGUCAGUGUUACAAAAAUAAGUUUCUAGGAUUAUGGGAAGAAUAUGAUACAAAUAACCUUUUUUGUUGUUUUUGUCUUUGUCCACAAUACAUUUACACAGUGUAGAACCUCCAAAACAAGGGUGAUAAUAUCUAAACUAAAUCUAUACAAGGGGUCAUACUUAACUGUAAAAUCUUGUAAAACUUUGCUGGACAUAAAAUUGUUGUUCUUUUAAAGUGAACAACAUUAAUUAUUACCUUAAAUUUAGUGGAAAUGUAUAAACAAAAGGUUUUUCAUCUGGCAUUUAGGAUCCACUUGUGCUUUGGGUUUGUUCCAUCUUCUCUCUUACUUAUUUAUGCUCAUCAAUUGAUAUUUGAACUGUUUUUUAUUAUUUUGUUUUAUUGGUUAUUGGUUUAUUAGUUUUGCAAUAUUCUGUUUUAUGUGUAUUUCUUACUUGUCAGAUAUUCCUCAACCUUUUAUAAAUAAAUGAUUGCACCCCAAUAAGCUAUCUAAACAUUUCUUGUUAAGUUACCAAUUGGUGAUGUCCUGACAAAUUCACUGUAUCAGAUACCUGAAUCAUAAAUGUUACUCAAUUGCACAUGCUCAGCAGAUUAAUUUCCAAAAACCUAAUUUUUGCCUAAUUUCUGAAGCAGUUAAAACCUAAAUGGUAGUAGUUACAGUAGUAACUGAAGACAAUUUACAAAAAAACAUGGGAGACAAGUCAGUGGGUCUCUUUUUUCAAUAUUUAAAUGGCCCUUUGUAUAUCCAAUACAUGUAUGUUGAUAUAUGUUUUAUCUGCGUUUUAAAUAAAAGAAAAAUAUUUCUUAUGUGAAGUCACAUAAUGCAUUCACAUACUGUAACUCAAUUCUGGAUACGCUGAACAGUAUGAACCUCCUGAAAUGUGAUUUUUAAGGAAAACAUAAUUGUUUUCAUUUUAUACUGUUUGGUGCCAUGGAAUACAAGUCAAACGAAUGAAACACCAGGAUAUCACAGUCAUAUUCUUCUUUCGCUCCACCUAUGUUUGUAGUUAGUACAUUAAGCAGUUUGCAUACAUUAAUUACAGAUGAUUACUCUGCAGUUAAUGACUAAAAGAUACAGUACACUAUUAAAAUGAUGGUGUCUAAGAACCGUGUAAGAAAGCAGUCUUUAUUGGGCUGAAACCUGGGAAAAAUCACAAGUGUGUUAAACUAAACAAAUAAUGAGCUCAAUUAAGUAAGAGCUCAGGUGGAACAACAUCCCUGGGACACUUUGAGGACUGGUGAUUGACAGACUUGAGCCAGGUAAUUUAGUAAGAUAAUAGCCAUGCUUGCUGACCGUCACAGUGUUUCUUGUGCAGUGUUUCUGAUUGCCCACCCCUCUCCUGAAUAACAGUUAAUGAAAGAGAUUUAUGUAAAAAAAAUAUUUUUGUUAAUCAGACUUUUAUGAAUUUCUUUGUAUUUUGAGAAAUUAGAGAUAUUCUGUUGUAAGUCAUCUGUUGAAGAGAAAGGCAUAGAAAACCAACAGUUAAAAGUUAGAGGCAGCAACUUGGGAGCCUUGCUUAUUUAGCGUUUGUGAUGAUGUAAAGGGAUUUCUGAAAAACAGCUCCUUGUUACAGUGACUUUCUCUGAACAUUAAAGGUUUGUCUUCACUUCACCAUGCUGAUGUUAUCAUGGUAUUGUCAGGUAGUUUUUAUUGCUUGUGCUUUAGACAUUACAGUAAUUGUACAAACUCCACACAACAAAGGAGACUCAUCUAGCAUUUCCUUUCCUCAAGAGAAUAAGAAAAAGUGAAUCACUUUAUUUCUUUCAAAAUCUUCUUCUGUACAUUUCAGUUAAGGUUAAUUAUUGAGGUUUUCAAGUACACCAAAUGUACUGUUUGACAAUUAAUACCUUUUAAGUCCUAAAAAAAGAGUUACACACUUUAUAGUAAAUAUACUGUGGACCAUUCUCAAUGUUUUGAGUGUACUCAAGAAACUUUAUUUUAAUUUUAUGUAACAGUAAAAAAAAUGUAUUUUUUAAUUAAUGUUUUACGUUCAGUUAAAACAUGUUUAUUAGGUAAUUUAAAAAUGUGACACCAAUUGACUAAAUGAGACAGGUAGUUUUAGACAGGAGUUAAAUCCACUGAUAACUACCCUGUUAUUCCACAACUUGUGAGAGUACAGUUAUCACUGUGAUCUUCCACAUACAGAAAAUGCAGAAAACAGAGAAAAUAAUUUUAAAGCCUUCUUAUUUCAAUACAAAACAAUACAAAACAUUAAACUUAAUUUUAUAUACACAUACAGUUGCUUCUGUGUUCUAUUCUGUGUUCUAUUAACAACCAUGCCUUUUUGUAUUGUUUUUUAAUUUUGAGACAAUGUGGUAAUGUCAUACUUAUGGA